GAUUGCUUACACUCAGAGAAUGUGUUGAAAAACUUGCACUUCUGAAAACACCUGAGGAACGUCAAAGAAGGCUUGAAGAGAUUCCAGAAAUACACGAUGAUCCAAAAAUGGAUCCAAGUUAUGAAUCUGAAGAUGAUGACAUUGUUACAGAUGAAAACAGGCGAGAUAGUUAUGUCAGGUCAAGAGAUUCAAGCUUUAGCAGGAGAGGGAGAGAUCCAAUUUCUCCGCGAAGCAACUAUUCUCCCAAAAACCCGUACCCACGAAGCAACUCCUCUCCCAAAGAUCCGUAUGGUGGUGGAGCUAAUCAAAUGCAAGCCAAGAAUUGGGAACCGGAUAGAAAUUUUUCAAGCAGGAAUACAUCGGUCAUGAUUGGAGAUGGUACACAUAAAAAUGAAACAUUUGAUGAAAAUCCACGAGGUCUAGGAAGAGGAGAUAGAGACCUUGAGUAUAGAAGUGUGGAGAAGGUUAACUUAACCACUACUAUUUCAAGACAUGAAAUGGCUUCUGGGGUAGUACCUGUGACUUCUCCCGUUACUCCUACACCAAAAGUCGCAGAUAAUGAUGGCGGGCCCAAAAUUAAUGAAACUGAAAAAAUAUGGCAUUACCAGGACCCUUCUGGCAAAAACCAAGGACCAUUUUCGAUGGUCCAGCUACGGAAAUGGAACAACACGGGAUACUUUCCCGCCAAUCUAAGAAUUUGGAGAUCCACAGAAACGCAAGACGACUCUAUUCUUCUGACUGAUGCAUUGGCCGGUAGGGUACAGAAGGAGAUCGAGAAUAGAUUUUUGUCUUGCAGUGUACUGCAAAAGCAAGGAGAUAGAUUUAGUCUUGAUCAGAACCAUGCAUCUCCAAAUGCACCUACUGGUUCGGUUCUGCCUGGAGCUAGUAAUGAAAAGUGGGGCGGUAAUGACACAAUGAACCUUCCCUCUCCCACUCCUACUCAAGGUAAUGCAACUCCUGCUCCAACUCCAUUUGCUGGUGAGACCGGAAUUGUCUCUGAACCAUCUCAUUUAGUGUUGCCAGCUGGCAUUUCUUCUCUUUUAUCUUCUUCAUCUGUGAGUACAGGGGGACAACCAUUAAUGAACUCUGAAAAUGUUUCUGCAAAUUCCAGUACUGUUUUUAGCCCUAUGAUGAAUACCACUGCAGUUAGUGAACCCCAACCCACAAUGAUGGUCCACAACCAACAUGCCACACAAGACCCAAAUGUCCACCCGGCUCAGAACCCAAACAUGGAUGCUAAUGUCUUGGGUGCUGUUCCUACUACACCAGGGCAGUCUCAGAUCGGGUAUGCCAACUGGGGAGGCAGCAUUACAUCCGCUGUUCAGAAUCUUGCGGCAAGUUUCUCAAAUACUGGUGGGGGCUUAGCUUUGCCUCAACCAGAGUAUUGGAUGGGUCAGACUCAGAGUAACCAGCCAAGCAUGCAACCCCAAACCAUGCAACCACAAACCUUGCCUAAUUUUCAACAAUGGAUGCCGCAGAACGGUCCUGCCCCAGUUUGGGGACCAAUGCAGGGUAAUCCCAACAUGGGGUGGGUUGGGCCCACACCACCCAUGAAUAUGAAUUGGGCAGCUCCUGUUCAGACAAUGGCCCCCCCACCCAACAUGGGUUGGGUUAUGCCCCCCACUGGACCAAUGCCUGGAAACAUGAACCCUGGUUGGAUCCCACCACCACCACCACAAGCACAACCACAACCAGGUAAUCCGGGUGUUCAAACUAUGGCUCCUCCAAAUGCAAAUCCGGGUUGGUCUGGGCCAAGUGCUCCUCCACGCCCGAGAAGCAGUGGUCCCAAUAGACAGCCACCAUCAGGUGGUGGUCCUAGAGGCAGCAGUUAUAAACGUCAAACGCCUUGCCCCUACAAUACAGGUGGCCGGUGUAGGAAGGGGGCUCGGUGUGAUUACCUUCAUGUCUAGUCAGAUAGUUACCAUAGUGUUUCUCUCCCCCAUCUCGGCUAAUACAUGUUGAAUCCUGUACAGUUAUGAUUUUGUUUUUCCUGUUCUUACUAAAUACUACCAUAGGCCAUUUUGAGGUGUAUCAGCUGAGCAGGUCAGGGGCACAACUGUACUUUCAACUUUAUUUUUUUAAUGCUUUAACAUAUGUUGCUAGCAUUUUUGUAGAAUAGACUUUUAUAUACUGCUUAAACGCAGUCAUGAGGAUUUAUUCAAAAAAUGGUGUACCACAAAUAGCCUUGAAUAAUUUUUCUUCAUAACAAAAGUUUCAUUUGCCAGUUUUUUCGUGUGUAUUGAUUGACCAAAUAAAUGUAUUUUCAAUUU